UGUUGUAGUUUGAUAGAAGCAAAUGAGGGUUGAGCUGAACCAACAUGUGUUAGAAACACUGAGCAAGAGCAACAACCUUGAGCACCUGAAACAACUCCAAGGCUACCUCACCACACUGGGCCACGCCCACACCGACUUCUACGCCUUCAAGCUCAUUCGCUUCUGCGCCCUCACUCUCUCCAACCUCUCCCACGCGCGCCUCAUCUUCGACCACCUCCCCUCCCCCAACACCCACCUCUUCACCGCCCUCAUCACCGCCUACGCCGCCCGCCCCGCCACCCACUCCUCCGCCUUCGCCCUCUUCCGCCGCAUGCUCCGCGGAGCGCCCCCCCGCCCCAACCACUUCAUCUUCCCCCACGCGCUCAAAGCCUCCCCCCACCCACGCGCCACCGCUUCCGUCCAUGCCCACAUCGUCCAAACGGGGUUUCUAAGAUACCCAGUUGUGCAAACCGCCCUCGUGGACUCCUACUCUAAGCUUUCCGUCGGGUUGGGGGACGCGCGCAAGGUGUUCGACGAAAUGUCUGAGAGAAAUGUCGUGUCUUUUACUGCUAUGGUUUCUGGGUAUGCGAGGGUUGGGGACGUCGAGAGUGCGGUGAGGGUGUUUGGUGAAAUGCCCGAGAGGGACGUUCCGUCUUGGAAUGCCCUCAUUGCUGGGUGCACUCAGAAUGGGGCUUUCACUCAGGGGAUUGAGUUGUUUAGGAAAAUGGUUUGGGAGGGUAAUAAUAGGCCGAAUGGGGUUACUGUGGUUUGUGCUCUUUCGGCUUGCGGCCACACGGGGAUGCUCCAGCUUGGGAGAUGGAUACAUGGUUAUGUGUACAAGAGUUUGUUUGUGUUUGAUUCGUUUGUGUCGAAUGCCCUUGUGGAUAUGUAUGGGAAAUGUGGAAAUCUUAAGCAGGCAAGGAAGGUUUUUGAGAUGAAUCCGGAGAAGGGGUUGACUUCGUGGAACUCCAUGAUCAACUGUUUCGCGCUGCAUGGGAAGAGUGACAGUGCAAUUGCCGUUUUUGAGCGAAUGGUGGAGUGUGGCAAUGGUGUGAGACCGGAUGAGGUUACCUUCAUUGGUGUGUUGAACGCUUGUACUCAUGGUGGAUUGGUUGAGCAUGGUUAUUGGUAUUUUGAGAUGAUGGUUCGGGAGUAUGGGAUUGAGCCGCAGAUUGAGCAUUACGGGUGUUUGAUAGACCUUCUUGGUCGAGCAGGGAGGUUUGAUGAGGCGAUGGAAGUUGUCGAGGGUAUGAGCAUGGAACCGGAUGAGGUUGUUUGGGGUUCUUUGCUUAAUGGAUGUAAGGUUCAUGGCCGAACGGACUUGGCAGAAUUUGCAGCUAAAAAAUUGAUUGAAAUAGAUCCAUAUAAUGGAGGUUAUGGGAUAAUGUUGGCUAAUGUAUAUGGGGAGUUGGGGAAGUGGGAUGAAGUGAGGAAUGUGUGGAGGGCAUUGAAGCAGCAAAAGUCAUAUAAAGUUCCAGGGUGCAGCUGGAUUGAGAUUGAUGACCAGGUUCAUCAGUUCUAUUCUCUUGAUAAAUCGAAUCCAAAGACAUAUGAGAUGUACAGUAUCUUGGAAAGUCUCAUAGGUUUUCGAAAUGAAAUCAUGGUUGAACUGUAGUCCUUGAUCUCAAAACUUUGUAAAUCACCGUACCACAUUUGGAUGAUUAAACACAGAGGAAGAUGCGGUGUUCUUCAAUAAAUAGAAACCCUAAACUUUUUAAAACACCAGUGCUGAGCUUGUAUCUGGUUCCUUGCAUGUACAGUACAGUCUUACGGCAAAGGAUUUUUGUGGGGAUACAUAUUUAAUGUAAUUAUUCUUCUCUUUUGCUGCUGUGAACUGUGAAGAUUCAUCGAAAGAACAGAGAAGUAGAAGGAAUGAAUCAGAUUCUGCUUCGGGUGGUUUUGUGCUCACUGUGGUUGUUGAUGCAGAGCAAGAUAAUUUUGGCUACGAGCAUUUAGUUGAAAACAUAAUUUGGGUAGAGAAACUCUCGUGAAACUCCAUUUUGGUUCGACUGUUUGACCACUGAUUUAAUUUAUUCUUUUAGUCUUCGAGGAUAAAGAAAUAAUAGAGAAUUCUAACUGUUUCAAAAUUUUGUAGCUUAGUCAAUUGCUGGAUCAUAUCAACAUGCUUUCUGAAUUUAGUCCAGUAGCAUUGUUUUGUGUUAGUUUGCUACUGGACUGUUUUAAGCAAGGUAAACUGCAAAUGGAUGACUUGCCCACAAUCCGUGUUUUCCUAUUAUCUGGCCGAUGUGGUUCAAGCCUGUGAAAUCCCGUGACCGGAGGGAAAUUCAUACUCUUGUUUUUAUUUCUUUGAACUAGUAUUGACUCAUGCUGGCAUAACAAAAACUUCACCGACAUUAUACUACCAAAGGUUUCAACGUUCUAAUGUCUAAAUAUCUUUGUUGCUGAAUGCUAUAUAUUAUGUAUUUUGAGAGCUUUAAUAGAUGGAAAACAGAAAUCCACCCUUCGAUUGAAUCCCAUAUUACUGUGGUAUGCAUUUUUUUUA